AUGUCCUUUGUGCUCUGGUUGCGGGAGCUGGAGUGCGUUAAGUUCCCGGUGACGCCUGCUGUCUUGAUGGCGAUAUUCAGCGGGAGGCUCGGCUCGCGUAAACUUACGGUCAUGCACUUCAAGGAAUCGAGCGAGAUGGAGACACUCGAGGACGGAUCUACCAACGCCAACUACUCGAGCGACUUCAGCGCUACGGCCGCUCUCCCGACGGCAUCCAUCCGCUGUACGACCUACGAAGACAUCCUGGAUGCCAUACACGGUCUGAGCGCCCUCGGUCAAGAGGUGUGGUACGACCACAUGCGAAAGUUGACGUCUCGGCUUCGCGCCUUCGUCGCGAAGAACAAGUCCGCGGACCCUACCAAUACUCCGGCUCGCGUCCGCCUUACACUGCUCUACGUGAACAAGUUCGUGGGCACCGCGCUGGGCCACAUGCAAGCCGACAGUCAAGCUAAUGGCCGGAGACGUAGCAUCGGCUUUCCGCAACAUCAGCAUCCACAGCAAGAGUGUCUUCCUCUUCGCUGGGCUGAUCGAGGAGGAGAACGUACUGGUGAUCGAGCUAUCCGCGCCGUUUGGAUGGACUGGCUCCCCAGGUUUUUUACGAGGUCGUCGGCGGCGCCAUAUCUUACGUUCACGGCAAUCACACCAACGCCGCGUACCCGGAUGGCUUCUUCAAUUAUCACUGGGUGGACGACCACAUCAAUGUCGCGGUGGACGUUGGGUCCUCGUGUGACGACGCCGACCGGUCGCUUCGGUUCGCUAUGGUUGCCGUGCUAG